AUGAUGAUCAUGUUUGAUGAUGCACAGAGACAUGAACUCCAGAAGAGACAUAAGGAGUUGUUACAAGGCUGUCAAACAAAGCCACACAACCUUCCUAUUGUGGAAGUGCAGAUUGAGAGAGAGAAAGAGACAAUGGAGAAGAGGUGUGAGGAGGAGGUGAAGAAGAAGGACAUGAAGAUCAUCAUGGAGCUUGACCAGAAGGUGAUGGAUCAGCAGGUGAUGCUGGAGAAGGCGGGGGUCCCGGGCUUCUACGUCACCAACAAGAGCAUUGAUGUCCGCAUACAGAUGUACCUGCUGGACUUCAUCACCAGGCUGGGGCACAUGCAGCCGCCAUGA